AUGGAUAAAACAAACUUUCCACCUCCUAUCAACCAUGACUUUCAUGUCCAUAAAUCAUCCUCUCUUCCAAUUGAAGAAGACGUUGGAGAUAACGCGCCAGGUCCUAAAAUUGUUGGAAUCGCUCCACAUGUCGUUGAUAAAAUGGGAUCUUUGAUAAUGGCUGUCAACAAGUAUUGUAAAGCUACCACCAGAGUUGAGUCACCGUCUAAACCCAGAAGUGCCGAAGAGCAUAUAAUUGAAAUGGCAGACUCUUUUCACGGGGAUAUUAGGAGAGGACUAAUUCGGAAUCUUCUAAGAGAUCUUGAAUUGACCAGAGUGUACAGAAUUCAAAUCACUGGAGAGCACGACUACAACGGAAGAAUCUCCCAAACUGCUGUGCUUGUUGCGAUCUGGAGGAGCUUGAAGUCGUUCGAGCAUCCAUACGAUCGAACUUUUGGAGAAGACUGUAUUUGGUCCAACGCAGAGACAUUCUACGCAAUGGUGAAGGAUUACAACUUUGAAUCCGCGGCCAAGUUGUCGGUCCUUGGAGCCACGAUCUUUGACAAUGAGCUCAAGUAUUUCUACGACGAGAAGAUGGAUGAGGAUAUUCAAAAUCCAAAGGGAUUCCGGACGUUGAGCAGUGUGGGCAUGCUCGCAGAAUACGAUUUUGUAUUUGUGAGUACAAAUCUUCAUACUCCGAAGUACACGCCAGAGCUGUUCUGGGACAAAGAAAACCCUAAAGCAAGAUUCGAGCGUGUCAAGGAGAACGUUCAUUAUCCAGAUGACAACUUUGCUCAUCAAAUGGUCUAUUUUUCCGACCGACGAGUUGCUUCCACGUCCAUUCCACCUUCUCCAAUUGUGAAACUGACCCACCAAGGACUGCAUGCAGUGAACAGAAAUGAAUCCGACUUGAUUGGUUUUGAAAUUCAACAAGGAGGGUUUCUGGUUGUCUUGAAAAAAGGUGUCUUCUUAGCCGAUCACACGUGGAUGAUCCAGAUUGCGAGCAAACUCGUUGAGAACGACGAGUCUAACUCACUCGAGGAGAUUUAUUUCCACCUCUUGGAACCAGGAAAACGGUCUGAAGAAUGGAAACCAAACUUGUUGAAAUACAUGGAUGAGAACCAUCACGCAACCGUCAGUCUUAAGAAGAAGACAGUUCAAUUUGCGGAACCCAUAUUCUUUGGACUCACAUCCGAGGAGGAACCGAAAAAUAAACCGCCGUCUCAUAAUCCAAAACCACGCGAUCCGGCAGAUCGUUCUUUGUCCAACGAUGAUACUUUCGAUACCGCGUCGACUUCAUAA